UGCUUGGUUUCAGUUGCACGUCCGAGGUCGCAGGAGGGGGACGCAUGCAACUGUUUUUGAUAAUCGGCCGCGCGUUCCGUACGUGAAAAUCGGACAGUAUCGCGCCAGUCACGUCCGCGUAAAAACGGAUAUAUGCCCAGAAUAUUUAUUAAGUGGGUGGCUGUGCGUGACUUUUCCCCUGUGAAUAGCUAACCGCGUAAAUGAUCGGUCCCACGAAAACGCGUUUGUUUGAUAACUGAAAAGUUCUGCGGCGCGCCGGGCCGACGUUGCGUGGACUGUGAAUGCUGUGUGACAUUAACAUUGUUUGGACUGUGUUUGUGUUUACUGAAGAACUGCAGCUGUGUUCGAAAUUUAAAAUAUAAAUAUGGAACACUUUUGAAAAAGGAAUUUCACCCUGGACACAAUGACGUCAUGCACGAAAACGCGGGAACUGGACAGAAAUGUGCAGUCAGACUAAUCAGUUGCAAUAGUAGUGUUUAGUGACGAUGUUGCCGUACCAAGCGGUAGCUAUGGACUACGCGGUGGCCUCAGCUGGUUUCCACCACCACCAGCGGCCCGGCGGGUUGCCCGGAGUGAUGGGCCUCCCGGGGCCAGGAUCCGGGCUGAACCCGGGCCUCAACCCGGCCUUCACCCAUUCCUGGUUCGUACAGACAAGCCCGGAUAUCUGUCGGCAGCAACAAGCAUCCAACCAAUCGCAUCUCGAACCUGGCAUCCUAGAGCUGCGGAAAGAGAAGAGUAGAGACGCGGCUCGAUCCAGACGAGGGAAGGAGAACUACGAGUUCUACGAGCUGGCGAAGAUGUUACCGUUGCCGGCCGCCAUCACAAGCCAGCUGGACAAAGCGUCGAUCAUAAGGCUGACGAUAAGCUACCUCAAACUCCGAGACUUUUCGGGUCAUGGCGACCCGCCGUGGAGCCGGGACCCUCCCCCCUCCAGCAAGGCGUUGAAAGGAGCACAAAACAGGCGGACGGCGAUUGGCCUCGCGAUGGAGCUCUUCGAGCAACACCAGGGCACGCACAUAUUGCAGUCGCUAGACGGGUUCGCGUUGUCAGUGGCGGCGGAUGGGAGGUUCCUGUACAUAUCCGAAACGGUUUCUAUAUAUUUAGGAUUAUCACAAGUAGAAAUGACUGGAAGUAGUAUAUUCGACUACGUACACCAGGCUGACCAUGCGGAAAUCGCUGAGCAGCUGGGUCUCUCGCUAGCAGGACGAGGAGGCGGAGCUGGACUAAACAGUCCCGCGUCAGGAAGCGAAGAGGGAAGCCAGCACGGGACUAACAAUCCAGAUGUGUCAUCCCAAAUGAGUUUGGCGGCGAGCGGGGCGCUGUACCGAGGGAUGGACAGAGCAUUCUGCGUGAGAAUGAAGAGUACACUGACCAAACGAGGCUGCCAUUUCAAAUCAUCAGGAUACAGGGUGGUGCUGAUGCUGUGCAGGUUACGACCACAGUACUCCUUCUCACACAGUCGGAAGUCGCCAACAGUACUCCUGGGCAUGGUAGCAUUAGCCAUAGCGCUACCACCGCCCUCAGUCCACGAGAUCAGGCUGGAGUCAGACAUGUUCGUGACGAGGAUCAACUUCGAUUUUAGGAUAGCGCACUGCGAGCCGAGCCGGGUGUCAGAGCUCCUCGGAUACACCGCGGAGGAACUAACGGGGAAGAACCUAUACACGCUGUGUCACGGAGAAGAUGCCAACAAACUUAGGAAAUGUCACGUAGAUUUAAUGAACAAAGGUCAAGUUUUGACGCACUACUACAGGAUAAUGAAUAAAUUAGGAGGCUACACCUGGAUGCAGACGUGCGCCACUGUCGUCUGCUCCUCCAAGAACGCAGAGGAACAGAACAUCAUAUGCGUCAACUAUGUUAUCAGUGGUCGAGAGUAUCCAAACACGGUGAUGGACUGCUGCCAGCUAGAAGAGAGCGUACAAGGAGUCAAACGGGAAGAAACGACGGGAGACCCCGAAAACGGUCCACCAGACACCGACAACUCCGGAGCCCCUCCACCACCGCCACGACAUCCAACCGAACGAACAGAACCACCGUCGAACACAGAUACUGCGUCAUCCGCGCCAGUACCAACAUCUGACGUCACGCAUCUCACUAGACUAAACGACGCUCAACCCUUACCUCUCCACACGACACCAGAAAGGACAUCGCCAAUGCCCGCGAGAAGACUGAAGAAGCGAAAGCACACGACUGACUGCGAAGACGAAGAUAGGGAGGAGGAUCGACGAAAGUCGACGCCUAAUCCCGGAGCGGCGAUAUCGCCUGCUGAACGGGACAUGAAUAAAACGAAUAUCGCUAUGCCCGAAGGUGGGAAUGAUGCGACGUCAGUGCGAGAUUUGGAGAAUGCCAUGUCUAAACAUCUACCAGCGGUAGCUAUGGACGGGAAGGAGAUAUCCCACCGGCCAACUGACUUCUCGACGGAUGCGUUACUGAAACAACAACAACAGAAGUCGACAAUCCAGUGGAUAGGGACACAGAACCAUCAUCUAAACCACCUAAACAGGCAAAUACCUGGGAACCACACGUCCACGCCGGCAUCAGCAUUGUUAAGGCAGUUGUACGCAAACCGGGAGAGCGUUAUUCGAAGCAAUUUCUUAGGAGAUGGACGGACUGGUGGGUAUUAUUCGAGCGAUGGGCAAUCAGGUCCAUUGCCGACUCCACCGGGCAGUGAGGGGUCUGGCUAUAGUGAACAACUUGGUCAUAAAAGCACUGACAUAGGUUCGCUUGCUUAUGGGGGUUAUGCUGAUUACCACUCAGCGAUGACCCCUCCCGGAUCGGUAUCGCCACGAGACAAGCAGCAAUACGCUCUGCCGUACGACAACAGCGCUUAUUCCGAAGCAUUAAGGCACUCGUAUCUUGGCGAGGCUCCUUUACCUUUGAAGCCACAAGCGUAUUCAGCUGUGCCAGGGGCUUUGGACUAUGCUUCUCCGUUAGACCAGUCUCAAUUCUUCCAUCCUCCAUCAUCGUUCCAUCUCUAUCACCCUCAGGCGCAUUCGGCUCAUGCGUCUCACUCGCACCAACCAGUCGAGAAGUCAGCUCCGCCAAACACAAACUGGUACUCAGCAGGUUCAUAGCUUGCGAUACUUUUGUAACUGUUUCGGUUAUUUGUUGUUAAGUUUUUUUUUGUUACAUUUGAGACUCGAUCAUGACUUCAGCUCAAGGUUGUAAAUAUAAGAAUUUUAUUGGAAAUCGUAUACGGUUAAGACAAUUGAAUACUCAGAAUGGCUACUUUAUUUUGACGGUAACUUAAGUCAAUGUGCCAAAAAGAUUUUCAUUUUGCAUUUAAUGUUUAUUUAAUGACAUAGCUCGCUCAUUAUUACAAGAACCUAUGUUUGUUAUUGAUGUUGGAAGAAUGAGAUCUAAAAUUGUCAUGUUGGUAAAAAUUAGAAAAGCCAAUAAUUCAUUCCCUUAAUUAUCUUUCUGGUUAUCGAUAUUUUAAUUGAAAAAGACAGAAUUAUAUAUUUAAUAAUGAAUUUAUGCAAAAGAAAUAUAAUAUCAAACCUUGUAAUAGUGAGCCAGCGUGUAAAGUCGAUAUGACCGGUUUUAAUAUUGUGAGAUGAACUUGUAUAAUCAUCUCCGAAAAUUAAACCAAAUCGUCUUUUGGAGAAAAACGUGUGGGAAUCAGAGUGAUGGUUAGGGGGCCCUAUUCCGCCUAUAGGGGCGAAUCCGUCUUUGCAAUUACGGGCGUUCUUUCCCAACGACCGCUUCGAUAGCCGUACGGGUAAGAGUAAAAAAACCCCUAAUUACCUAUACUUACUAUCAAUGUUGUCCUUUGAUUAGAGCACCCGUACUUGCAAAAAGUCGGAUAUACCCAUGUAGACGGAUAUACCCGCGUAGACGGAAUAAGCUACCCUGAUCUCAUGUGAAUUAAUCGUAGAAAAAGACUUGUUUAAACUCUAUAGAAUGCCUGAAAAUCAAUGUUCGAGGGUCUAUUAUUAAACCGACGCUUGGUCGACUCCAGUGACGUGAUGAGCAACCGUGGGUGAUCAUGGCUUCUUGCAUAUCAUUUAUAACUUAAGCUUCUUUGUAAAUUAUUGUAUAAUAAUUACGACGACUGUACUUAGCAUUAGUGAUACAUUUUAACUGUACAUUUUAGAUUAAGUAUUGUAUAAUAUUUUUAUUGUUCGAAAUAAGAUUUCAAUGUAAAUACAAGUAAGUUAUCGUAUUAGGAUAGCUUUUAAAGUCGAUAAUUUUAAUUUAUCGAGCAAUAGACUACGUUUACUGUCAUAUCGAUACAUUGUUCGUAUUGAGCUUGUUUUUAUAGAUAUAUCGAUACUCCCACAUUCCAAAUAUUGUUAGUCUUAUCGACAUCAUAGUAAUAAAGCCUACUUUUCUCUAUACAGUGCCAACGAUAUAAAUUUUAUGACAAAUAUUUAUAAAAUUAUGCAUUCCAAUUGUCGAUACGUAAGUGAUAAAUCGAAUAAAUGUGCCGUUAACUAUCGAUAUCGAUAAACAAUAUUGUCGAAUAAUUUUUUAAAAUGAAAUACUAGAAGUCUGAUUUUACACUACAAUUCAUGACAAAAUAUUUAUUUGUAGUCGAAAUACUCAAACAUUCCACUUUAGUUCAUUCAAGCCAAAUGUUUUAUAUAAAUAUGAUAAAAUUGUAAUUUUUAUAAAUGAAAUUAGAUGGUAUUACAUUAAUUAAAUUGGUAAUAUUUAUGCUACUUUUAACUGUGCAAUACACGUGGAAGGUUCGGAUUUCAUUUUGUAAUGCUUCGUUAAUGUGUCGUAAUUUAAGGUAAUUAUACAUUAAAAUUGUAAUAAAUUUGUAAUUAUAAAGAUCGGGAUAGGCUUGUAACGCGAUUAUCUGUUGAUUAUAUUUUUCCUUUAAAAUUCUUCCACUCGGAUGUAUUUUUUAUUUUAAAUCAUGAACAAAAAAGGGAAACGUUUAUUUCUCCGAAUAAAUUAAUUAAGAAUUUUCA